AUGGAAAUUAUCAGAAAUGUUCAUUUCAACGAGAGCAAGGAAGAUCGGAUGGAGCUUAUUCACAAAUUUUCUGGUAAAUUACUGACGUCCGUAGCUUGUGAAGUUUCAGAAAAUUGUUAUGCUGAUGGGUAUCUGUGGAAUUGGCUUGAUAAAAUUAAGCUUAUUCCAAGAGUAAGAAAUCUGUGGGUUCAUGAAAGGAAAUCUUUAAGCCCUUUGUAUAUUGCAUCCAAUGCUAUUUGUUUUACUGCAGUAAGCAAGAGUUCCUUAUGGAGUUUCUCGGGUAUUGAGGGUAUUAACCAACCAUCUAGGUUGUUCAAUAAUUGGUAUCCUCCUCCGCCUUAUUGGAUCAAAGUGAAUAUCGAUGCUUCUAUUCAUAACUCUUACAAAGCUGGAUUAGGAGGUGUGUGCAGAGAUUAUAGAGGGAAAUUUUUGUUGGCUUUCGGCAAAAAUUGUGUUCAUUGGGAUUCUGGACAAAUGGAGCUUCUUGCUAUUUUAUUUUUUAAAGACUACAUCAGCGAUUGGAUGAAGGAGUACAAAGGAUUGAUCAUAGAAGGUGACAACAAGAAUGUGAUAAAUUUCAUCAAGGAUAAGGUGGACAAAGGAGGUACUGUUGAUGUUGAUCUUACUUUUCUUAAAGGCUUUAAUUUUGUUAAUAGGGAAAACAAUAAGUUAGCCGAUCUUAGUGCUAACUAUGCUUGUUUUAGCUCCUUUUGUUGGAAAGAUUUGAGUAGUAGUACUAUUCUGAACUCCUUUAUUAAUCUGUUAAUGAAGGAAUCAGAUAGUAUUAAGAUGUAA